GCUCGCAUCGCUCCAGGAAUAUGUUCAAGAUGGCCGACGCCAGGUUGUUUUCAAUGUGAAUCCCGUUGCAACGCUUUCCGUCACAAUGAGUGAACCGAAGGAGAAACGGAGAAAAGAGGACACGAGACGCAAGAGAAGUUCUAGAUCUCCUAGUCCGGAGCACAGAUCAAAGCACACCAAGGCUGCCCCACAUGUGCAGGUUGCGAAAACUGGUAGCGGCCACAGAGAGAACCCUGAAAGGCACAGAGACAGGCAUGAACGGCGUCGGAGAAGCACAAGCAGGGAGAAUGACAACAAGCGGCGGAAACACGAAGAUGAUGGCCGUCACAGGCCACCCCACUCCCGCGAUAACCAUCGAGAUCGGGACAGUCCACCACGCAGGGACAAGCGGCGACAGCGGCGGCGCUCUGGUGAUGGGGAGAAGCAUCAGUGGGGCAAGAAGGAACCCAAGGAGGAGCCAGAACAGAAGGUGGCGGUGAAGCCCGAGUUUGGCCUGUCUGGCAAGCUGGCUGAAGACACCAACAUCUACAACGGGGUGGUCAUCAAGUACAACGAACCGCCUGAAGCUCGCAAACCAAAGCGCCGGUGGCGGCUUUACCCUUUCAAGGGCGACGUCAGCCUGCCCUUCAUUCCACUGCACCGGCAGAGUGCCUACCUGCUUGGCAGGUCGAGACUGAUUGCCGACAUCCCAAUCGACCACCCUUCCUGCUCCAAGCAGCAUGCAGUGUUGCAGUUUCGGCUGGUGCCGUACACGCGCAACGACGGCACGAUGGGCCGUCGUGUGCGACCCUAUGUCAUUGAUCUCGAGUCGGCCAAUGGUACCUUCGUCAACAACAAGCAAGUUGAGCCUCGCCGCUACGUCGAACUGCUCGAGCAGGACGUUCUCAAGUUUGGGUUCAGCACACGUGAAUAUGUGAUUCUCCACGAGGAGUCACAAGGGGAGCACCUAGAUGACGAUGUUGCAGGCACCGGUGAGGAGGAGGAGCCUCCGUCGAACACCACUGCAGCAUAGAGUGACACCUGUGAUGCAUUGCUGCUGCUGUGGACUAAGUUAAAGCAGAUAGAUUGAUUGAGGAAGGAUGAAAAAUAAUAGGUUUAUUUCUGUUUUUCUGUGAUCAACUGAAUUCUUCUACAUCACUGUAAGAUGAGCCCAGGACAUUGGUGUGUGCUCCACAUGUGAUGUUUGUGGCACGUUGACAUUGCAGUGCCCAUGGAACUCUUGCAGGGUUUUGCGGUGGAACUGUGUUUCAAUCUCUGCAACAUUCUUUCAGUGUCUGUUGAAAGAGGAACUGCAGUGAGCACCAGUGCAGCACAGGGUACGCCAGUUCCUUGGUGAUGCAGUUGGAGACUAUUGUUUGGUUACAGUUAAUUGCUUUGCAAAGAGUAAUACAUUAGGCAGGGAUGGGUUGCUGUUUGUUUUAGCUUACUUUUUCUUCUUUAUCAUCACUGUGAUCGACCAAACAUUGCCAUGCUGCCGCACAAGGAACGCAGAAUAUCGGUGUUUGCUCAGCACAUGAGUUAACGAGAAGCUGCUGUUUGGCAGUGCAAGGCGUUUGUGUCACUGCAGCAUGGCUGAAGGCUAGACUUAGUGUGAAGUGGAUUGUCUGUGAAGGAAUGCAACAGCAAAGAUUAUUAUCCUCACUUUUAUUGACUGGAUGCUGCUGCAAUGCUAACAAGCAUUGCUAACAAGCAGUGCAACCAUCACUGUUUGCACUGCAUAUUAAUCUCCUGUGUGCAUUAUGUACUUUGGCAUCCUGUAAUUAUUUAGCAGGCACUGUGCAUAGGUUAGGCUGUUGAAAUUAUGUUUUGACAGAUACAGGUCAACCAGGAAAAAAAGGUGCUGAAACUUGGGUGAUGUUUGUGGCCAUGUGGAUGCUAUGUUGUGUAAUACUAGGUGCAAGACAUUGGUGCAUGCACUGCAUUUGAAUGUAGUGGUAUGUUGUCUGGUAUUGCGGUGUCAUAUGGUCACAUGAUUAGGUUCUCAGUUAUAGCAUAUGCUGAUGUGAUGGUCAUGAAGAAAAAGCUUUGGUGGCGGUGGACUGACUGGAAAAGUCAAGCAUAUGAGGGAAGGGUCAUUACUUUUGUUAUUAAUAGUCUUUCCUUGUGACCAGCUAUAUGUUCACUGAAGGACAGAUGCUGCAAAUGCUGAUGUAUGCAUACACUCUAUGCGAGUUGUUUGGCUGGUUGGUAUUUAAAAUUUUCUGUCAUUUACAGUAUCUUCAACUGAUCAUUUAAUAGAUCUCUGGCGACACAACAGAGGUUGUGUAAGAUGGCCCCUAGACUGUUUUAUGAGUGCAAGGGGGCUCUAUGAUGAUAAUCAGGCAUCAUUAUUUCCAUUUGAGCCUGCUCCUGCUUACAAUAAAGCCGAAUAGCUGAGUUAGUGGUCAUUGUAGUACUGUGGGAGUGCUUUGAAAUGACCAGUCAAAGGUUUUGUUAGUAAGCCCUCUGUCCCAAGGUGUUCUGUGUGUCCAUUUUUUUAUGAGAGCAGAUUGUCUUUAUAGCUAUCUGCGAAUGUCCUCUUGGCAUUCUUCUGCAGGAAAGCAUCCGUGCAACUGAUCCCCGACCAUGGUCACGUCUGGCUUUCUCCCAGGUGUUUCCUUGUUUCUUGAAGUAUGUCUUGUGGGAGGCAAGAACCUGAGCUCAUAGGCAACGCUUGUGCUAGAACAUGCAGCUGCAACCUCAUGCCAUAAGAGAGGAGGAGCUGCGUCAAACCCCAGUGUUCUAAGUUUAGCAUCAGUGUUAAAAGUGUGUUCUUCUAGAUGUUCAGAAAAUGAUGACAGUCAAAGAACCAUAGGCUAAAAAAUUUUGUCUACAUGUUUUGGUAUUAUAAUGUGCGGAGCGACGGCCUGCAUUAUUACAGCUGUCCGCUACAUCACGCCACAGCAAGGUGGUUUCAUAUGAAAGGAGGAGUAGGUCCUGUCUGUCACAGUGCACACAUUUGUGCAAGAGGUGUAAAACGACAGUACCUCUGUGCCCAUUUUUACCGAGCAAUGUGUGUAAAGUUUAUAUUUAAUGCUUCGAGACUUUGUUGACACAGCUGCUAGUGUAGCAAGUGUCUGCCAUAAGUGGUGGUGUUGUGCUCAUUGUCAAACUGCAGCCGUCAGCCUCAUACUGACUCAUAUGCUGUGGCGCUAUACAAGUGGAUGGCACUUGGACUUUGUAAGGGCGCAGGUAUUUGUGAAAACUCUUGCCUUGUCACGUUGUGUCGUCCUUCUGCCGGCUUUUCGAGAAAUCUUCGUCAUUUGGUCAGUGUCUUGCAGUGCCUGACAAGUUGCCUGCAUUUAUUGUUUUUUUUUUUAGCAGCACCUCUGUAUGGCAGUUCCUGCCACAUUUAUAUGAAACAGCCCUGUAAUAGUAUGAAAGUAUAGCAUGUGCUUGGCUACCAUUGACCAUAUGCCCUGCCACUCACCCCAGAAUUGCUCUGCAGUGGGUGCAGUUAUCAUCAGUCAUCACGUAUCAUCAAUCAUCACGUGGUUAUGUUUGCCGUGGAGUUUUAUACAACUGUUACUAGAGGGAGGCCUGGCAAUGCAGAUGUUACUAGCCACCAUGGGAGUGAUUGUAUAUGAAAGGGCACGUUCUGGGAUGUGAGCUGUUUGUGAAUCAGAAGAACGUCUUAUCACGCAGCAAUGCUAUAGUUUUGCAGCUUGUGCAAAGUUCGGAGCACAGAUGGUGGCAUGACUUCCUGUAGCAUGCUACCUAGUAAACCAACUAUUGUGUCUUCAAAGCAGUACUUUGAAGGCACGGUCUGCAAAACUGCUGUGUCACAUCAAAAUGGCUAUUGUGAACCCCCACAUGUCUUCAGCUCAUGCUCCAGCAUGUGCUCAUGUGUUUCAUAUUUCUGGUUACUUUAGAUCAAUUUUAACUAAACUGACUGAGAAUGUACCCAUGACUUCUCAUGUUCUUUCUGAUCCUGGUCUUGUUGCUGCUUUGCAUCACUGCAGUCUUUUAUAAAUCCUUAACUUUGGGAACUGGCUCAGCAUAUCAAAGAAUUUCCAAUGCACGAAAUAAAGGUUGUGUAGCGUACACAUACCGCUAAGUCAAACUUAAUACCUUUGGCAACGACAAUCUCUGUGAAUAGUUUGUUUUUAAAAGAUUAGGUGAUUGUCUGUGAUUGCAGGUAUGAAGAAAAUCACUUUCUAGAAAGUUAAUAUAUAAAUUACAAGAGCGUUUUAAGUGAAUGUCAUUCUGAAACAUUUAUACCCAUAAUAUAGGUGGUGUCAAAAUAUUAUGAAGCACAGGAGCGCGUGACAAAAUGCCAGCCAGCGAUAUCUAAUGGCAGGCAUCUGGUGGUGAGACUGGUGUCUGCGUCCUAUCUGACUUGCAAGGAUGGCAGUUAUACAACUUUAGGCAGCCACCAUUCACGCCUUGGAAAUUGCCGCAAGACAUCCUCCUGCUAUAUCAGUGGUGGUGGCAGGAUGCAAACACCAGCCAGUCUUGAUGCAAACAGGAGUCUCGAAUGCCAGUCUCAACACCAGAUGCCUGACAUCAGAUGUCGCUGACUGACAUUUCGCCAUGCACUAUGAUCUUCUAUUAUAUUCUUUCCUUGCUUAUACAUGGUUCAAAACAAGGCUAGGUUCAGACAAUCAUUCCCAUGGUACUUGAACAUUGUGAUGGCUCCCACUGACACUCGUGCCAGGUCAUUUCUCUCAACAAAUUCUUGUAUAAAAAAAAGUAGCAUCCCAAGCAUCAGCCAUCAUUGUUGAAAACAUUCUGCCGACCCACACAUCAGGUGGUACUUGUUACAGCCUUGGCGCACAGGUUUCUUUUUUGGCGAUACAGUUAUUUAAGUGAAACUGCUUUGAAGCUCUUUACAGGCCACUGGAACUCGUAAGUCAUCCCCUGUGUACAGUACUUAAAUGUUGUCUGUCAUGAGUGUAUAAAGCAAGUGUAUGUUUUGUAAGCUUGAAUUGUCCAUAAAGCAAUGCCCUACCUAC